AUGAAGUUCUCUGCCAUUGCUCUCUCUCUUGCCGUUGCCUCUGUCUUUGCCGCUCCUCAUGAGGGCCAUGACCAUGGUGAGGCUGCUGCCCCCUCUGUUGCCUCUGCCGCCGCCUCCGCCUCUCCUUCUGGAGGUGCUCACAACCAUGAUGACCAUGAUCACGACCACGAUCAUGACCACGACCAUGACCACGAUCAUGACCACGACCAUGACCACGACCAUGACCACGACCAUGACCACGAUCACAAGGAUUCUGCUUCGGCCAUUACCUCCACCGCUGCCUCUAGCGUUGCCUCUGCCGCUGCGUCCGCUUCUGCUUCUGCUUCUGCUUCUGCUUCUGCUCAUGACCACGACCACGAUCACGAUCACGAUCACGAUCACGAUCACGAUCACGAUCACGACCAUGACCAUGAUCACAGCUCUGUCGCCUCUGGUGCUGCUUCCAAGACUCAGCCUGCCUCCGGGUCUGCUGCUGCUACCAGUGCUGCCACUUCCAGUGCUGCUGAGUCCGCGGCUGCCACUAGCGCCGCCGAUUCUGCUGCCUCCGGAUCUGCUUCUGCUUCUACCACCCAGGCUAACGGCGGAGCUUCCAAUGUCAUUCCUGGUGCCGUGGCCUUCGUUGCCGUUGCGGCCGCUCUCCUUUAG